CUCCUCCCCUCUCCUCUUUUUCUCCUUUUUUCUUCAUUGCUGGUUAGUCACACUAACCAGCUCACAACCAAAGAUCUCCUCUGUCCCAGUCAUGCUGAUUGAACUUUAAACCACAACGUUCCCCCUGACAAAACCGAGCCUUUUCUCCAGAGGAAGUUAUCAAGUCUAAAGGACAUUUGGAAGUCCCAAGCCAAAAGAGAGGUGUGACAGAGAGAGAGAGCAGCACCUUUAAGGUGUUCCCAUUACAGUUGAGUGGAGUUCAAGUUCCUGCACGUUCAUAUCAGAUCUGAAGAUUCCAGUGGCAGCUAUGACUCACAGCAAUGGAGAGAACCCACAGCGAACCCGGAGUGGUCUCCACCAGAUCCGGUCCGGGAUCCAGUCCCGAUCACUGCUGGCCAAGAAGAGAGUGCAGAACAUCACGAAGGGGGAUGUGAAAGGAUGCUUUAUAAAAAAUGCCUUUGUGAUCUUUACCGUCGCUGCUGUCAUUGUUGGCACUAUCCUGGGAUUUGCUCUGAGGCCUUAUAACAUGUCUUACCGAGAGGUGAAGAUCUUCUCUUUCCCUGGAGAGCUGCUGAUGAGAAUGCUUCAGAUGCUAGUGCUGCCCCUGCUGGUUUCCAGCCUCAUCACAGGGAUGGCUGCUCUGGACAGCCGUGCUUCUGGGAAAAUGGGUAUGAGGGCCGUGGUCUACUACACGACCACUACCAUCAUUGCUGUGUCCAUUGGCAUUGUCCUGGUGCUCAUUAUUCACCCUGGUAAAGGAUCAAAGGAUGAGUUCACCAAACAGCAGCAAGUAGAGCAGGUCAAUACUGCUGAUGCCUUCCUGGACCUUAUCAGAAAUAUGUUUCCCCCUAAUCUUGUGGAAGCUUGCACCAAACAGUUCAAGACACAGUAUGCCAAGAAAGUAGUCGUUGUGAAGGUGACAGUGAACGACACCAUAUUCACACUCAACGAUAGCCAGGAGAUAACCGGGGUGGAGAUGAUCCCAGUGCCAGGGUCAGUUAAUGGAGUCAAUGCUCUCGGCAUGGUGGUGUUCUCCAUCUUCUUCGGUCUGAUCAUCGGGAGCAUGGGGGAGCAGGGGAAGCCUCUCAAGGACUUCUUCGACUGUCUCAAUGAAGCCAUUAUGAGGCUGGUUGCCAUAAUCAUGUGGUAUGCCCCUAUUGGUAUCCUGUUCCUGAUUGCUGGUAAGAUCGUGGAGAUGGAUGACAUCUCCGCCAUGGGAGGCCAGCUGGGAAUGUACACAUUGACAGUCAUUUGUGGCCUGCUCAUCCACGCCAUCUGUGUCCUUCCAACACUCUACUUCGUCAUCACCAGGAAGAACCCCUUUGUUUUCAUUGCUGGGCUGUUGCAGGCACUCAUCACUGCCCUUGGAACAUCCUCAAGCUCUGCCACAUUGCCCAUCACUUUUAAAUGCCUGGAGGAAAACAACAAGGUGGACAAGCGCGUAACUCGUUUUGUGCUUCCUGUUGGUGCCACCAUAAACAUGGAUGGCACAGCUCUAUAUGAAGCCCUGGCGGCCAUCUUUAUUGCUCAGGUCAAUGAUUUAGACCUUAACUUUGGACAGAUUCUCACCAUCAGUAUCACAGCCACAGCGGCCAGUAUUGGAGCAGCUGGGAUCCCUCAGGCAGGACUGGUUACCAUGGUGAUAGUGCUAACAUCUGUAGGUCUGCCCACUGAUGACAUCACACUCAUCAUUGCAGUUGAUUGGUUCCUGGACCGAUUGCGCACCACCACCAAUGUCCUAGGAGACUCCAUUGGUGCAGGUAUAGUGGAACACCUGUCUCGCCACGAGUUGCAGAAGAAGGACCCCGAGGUUGGCAACUCAGUGGUGGAGGAGGCCGACAAGAAGCCGUACCAGCUCAUCUGCCAGGAGAACGAUGAUCACGACAGGCCUGCUGACAGCGAGACCAAGAUGUAGAUUUUUGUCCUUGGUUGUGGUUCUUUGGAAAAUUGCAAACCACGUUUUUAAAACUAAGCUCUUCUUAAUUUCUCAACUUCCUCUCACAAGAUGGAGGAAUCAAAUUAAAUUGAUCUACAGUUAGAAUAUUUUUCCGCCAAGAUGAGUUCCACUAAUGUAUGAGGUCUGGUGUUGGCUUUUAUGACACACUGUAGACUUGAAGCGGUUCACUGUUGCAAUGUUUUUCUUAAGGGUUAGUGCUACGAUGCUUCCUGAGAGUACUACACUGUAUCUGUCAUAGGAUGGCAGCUGUUUACUAUUAAGAAUAAACUACUCUAGAGCCUGGUGGCCUAUGGCACGUGUGCCAUUGCUAACUCCUCUCAGAUCUGUGGUGACUUAUCUCACCCACUAGAGGCCAGUAUUGCCAUGAGUCUUAAAACUGCAGCAGAUUCCAGCCCAUACUUGCACAGACGUUUUCUGGCUUUAAAGUUGUUUCUUCUGUUUUGUUAGAGCAGUGUUUUAUUGAUAUUGUGAGGGAAAUGGUUGUAAAAGUAUGUUUGGACUGUGAAAAGUGUUGAAUGUCAUGCUUAUAACACUGGGCUGACUAGACCAACUUCUUUGGAAAAAAAGGGCUGCUUAUUCACAAACUUCUGUACAGACAUUAGUGGCAUUAUUUUCUAUGAUUAAGUGAACGAGUGAAUGAGGUCAUAUACCCUAAAGCACACAAACCUUUGUCCCUAAACCAUCCAAACCAGGAAGUGCUAAUCAAAGGUAAUUUGGCCACCAACCAGCCUUUUUGUUACACAUAUUCCUGAAACCGAUCAUUACAAUCAUACAGACUAAAGAACCAAAUUACUCAGCCAUGUUUUACCUGUAAAUCACUCAGCUGAGAGUUUCAACUUUAUUCAAAUAUGAAUUUUAAGCAAUUAUAUUUUUACCAAAAAGCACCAAAAUACAUUAAGAAUUCCUGUACCGUGUAUUUAAAUUAUACCAACCCGAGCCCAAACCAAUCGCUAACCCACACAAUAAUACAGUACGGUUCAAUAGGAAGAUAGUAAUGAUUUACAUUGGACAAAGUCAUAUUUUCAUUGGGAGUCAAUCCCUAAACACAGACCCUCUAACAUGGGAUAGAACUAAAAAUGAUUUUUUUUUAAAUGUAUUUUUUUAUGUCAACUUAGUAACAUGGUAGUCAGACGGCUGGAUGUAUAAUUUUCAAAUUCUCAUUUCAGUUUUCUUUAGAAAAUACUAUCUGAUGUUUAUUUCAUUUGAUUUCAUAUGGAUGUAUGUUGUAACGCUUUCAGUUAAUCCCCCCAUGUUUUAAUUUAGCUAGCUUGUAUUUGAACUAAUUCUUUAUACCAUGACAAAUGUUGCAUUUGCAUAGAAGUUGCUUUGUAUAGAAUAUUGUUCUGAAUAUGCUGUACAUGUGCAGUAUAGAGAAAUGUAGAUAGAUGUGUACAUUAAUUGUAGAUUUAAAUUGUAAAAGGUUACUUGAGGGUUACGUAUGUAAACAUGUUGUGACCGUGUUCUUAUCAAACCCUAAUGACAAAACUAAUAAUCCCUCUAGUUCCCAGUUCCAAAUGUAAAACUGGCUGAUUUAAAGGACCAAAGGGGUUUUCUUUACAUGCUUGAGGAAAUGGAAUAGUUCCGUUGUUUACAGUUGCUGGUGUCUCUCUUGAUAUGAAUGUUUCUCUCAUGAAUUCAUAUGCGACUGCACACACACACACACACACACACACACACACACACACACACACACACACACACA